AUGGUUGAGAGGACAACAAUCCAAACUGUAAGCAGCGACAACUCGGUCUCUACAUAUAAUGUUAACGCAACACAGAGCACAACUCUCACACCUCCCUUCCCUUUGCGACCCUUCCCACCGACUAACCCAGGCGCAUCGCAACCACAAACUCCCAACCAUGCGCCCAACUCCCCCUCAUCCACCCCCCUAACCGCCCUCUCCUCCCUCCCCACCAUCCUCCCCCGCUCAAAAUCCCUCACCCAAACCCUCACCAACAUCCCCCUCUUCCUCGCCUCCGACCUAGACCUCAGCCGCUUGAACAGAAUCCACACGCACCUCUGGAUGGCCGGCCGUCCCAUGCGCGCCCGCCCUUUACAUCGCUACAAGAUGCUCGACAUGACCGUCCUCCCCACCCAACAAAUGGAUCUUCACCUCCUCCGCUACAGCACCAAAUUGCUUCUAAAACCACUGCCUGAGUACCUCCUCGACCACGGCUUUUGGACGCAGUAUAUCUGCCCCGAGCGGGAACUGCAUGAGAGUGCAGCGGGGUUUCUGCUGUCGUAUGUGUGGUUGGUGACUAGCCCUUUGGAUUUGAAAUUCGCGCUAGAGGAUGGCUUGGUUCCUGCGUGGGUGGAUUGGGGCUGGUGGAGGGUGUUUGUGGGAGAUGUGCUGGAGGGGGUUGAUGGCGAGGGGUUUGUGGGCGUGAAUAAGAGGUGGACCUUUGGGGAUUUGAGACUGGGGAGGAUUAAUUCGGUUUAUCGGAUUAGGUAUUUUGGGACGCAUUUUGUUAAGGGGUAUUUGUACGGAUACAACCGCUACGUCGUCUUCUUCCAACGGAACUUCUCCUGGAUCCUCAUCGUCUUCGUCUUCUUCUCCCUAGUAUUAUCAGCUAUGCAAGUCGGGCUGUCGUUUCCAGAAGAUUCGUCGUCGUCGCUGCAGAACAGCUACCCGUUUAUCCGUGCAUCAUUCGUUUUCGUCGUAUUCAGCAUGGUCAGCGUGGUUGUGGUGUUGGCGUUUGUGACUAUCAUCUUCAUUGGCAUUUUCGUGUUCAAUAUGGUGGCGGCGAUUAGUCAUGCAAAGACGGAGCAAAGGAAGAGGAAGGAGCUGGCGAGGGAAAAGGAGGAGAAGAAUAGGGACGUUUGA